AUGGCAAGUGGCUUGCCUUCCAGAACCCAGCCCUCGCCCUCAGAACUCACCCCUCGCCACUCAGAACUCACCCCUCCCUCUCAGAACUCAGCCCUCAGCCCCAGCCCUCGCCCCUCAGAACUCAGCCCUCAGCCUCAGCCCCUCCAAGACCCACCCCUCGCCACUCCAGAACUCACCCCUCGCCCUCAAACUCAGCCCCUCAGCCCCUCAGAACUCACCCCUCGCCCCUCAGAGACCCAACCCCCUCGGCCCCUCAAGAACUCACCCCUCGCCCUCAGAACUCAACCCUCAGCCCCUCCAAGGAACUCACCCCCUCAGAACUCUCACACCCCUCAGCCCCUCCAGAACCUCACCCCUCAGCCCCUCAGGAACACCCCUCAGCUCCUCCAGAACACACCCCUCGCCCCUCAGAACUCAACCCUCAGCCCCUCAGAACCCAACCCUCAGCCCCUCAGAACUCAACCCUCAGAACUCAACCCUCAGCCCCUCAGAACCCAACCCCCACCCCUUACUCUCCGGGGUCAGCAACUUGAAAUAAACAAAGCUGCAGCACCUCCUCCUUAA